AUGACUCCUAGAUGCACUAUAAAAGUUAACCUGAGGAAGGCCUAUGAUUCUGUCCAUUGGAGUUUUAUUGAGGAUAUGUUAAAUGCCUUAAAUUUCCCUCCUGUGUUCAUUUCAUGGAUUAUGGUGUGUGUAUCUUCUCCUUCCUUUUCCAUUAUGAUUAAUGGAGGCAUGUUUGGUUUCUUUAAAGGGAAGCAAGGAGUUAGACAUGGAGAUCCUCUAUCUCCACUGAUUUUUGUGUUGGUUAUGGAAUACUUGUCUAGACUCCUAAUUAAAUCAGGGAGGUUAAGACAUUUCAAGUACCAUCAGAGAUGCAAGAGUUUGAGUCUUAAUCACUUGAUUUUUGCGGAUGAUUUAAUGCUUUUUUGUCAUGGAUAUAGAUCUUCUGUGAUGUUAAUGGCUAGGGUGUUAAAGGUCUUUGAGCAGUGUUCUGGUUUGAGUGCUAAUGUUGACAAGACUGCUAUUUACUUUGGUAGCAUGGAUACUGAGUUACAGCAAUCAAUUAUGGCAGAUACUCAUUUCACUAAAGGCCAGACCCCCUUCAGAUAUCUUGGCAUCCCUCUUAAUGCUAAGUAUUUGAGGGUUACAGAUUUUGACAGUCUUAUAGAUAAGAUGCUAGCUAAGAUCACCCGCUGGUCUAGCAGGAAUCUGUCAUAUGCAGCUAGGGUGGUCCUUGUGAAUGCUGUGUUAAUGAGUUUGCACACUUAUUGGGCUCAGGUGGUCUUGCUCCCUAAAGCUGUUAUGCACAGAAUUUCCCAACUUUGCAGGGCCUUCUUAUGGUGUGGGAAUGCUGUUUUGUCUAAGGUUCCUCCUAUCUCAUGGGAUUGGAUUUCUAAAAAGGAAGACUCCCUAUGGGUUAAAUGGGUGCACUCUGUGUAUAUUAAGCAUGCUGAUUGGUGGACUUAUACUCCUAAAAGAUGUGAUGGCUGGGCUUGGAAACGUGUGUGUGCUGUGAAGGAGGAAUUAAAGACUGGUUUUCUGAACAAUGGCUGGAUGAACAGUAAAUAUCAGCUUGGUGUGGCUUAUAUAUGGUUACAAGGUGAUUUGCAGGCUGUAAACUGGGAUGCCUGGGUAUGGAACAGAUUUAAUGUUCCAAAACACUCGUUUAUUACUUGGCUUGCUAUCCAGGGCAGGCUUAGAACUAGAGAUAAGCUGCUCAGUUAUGGGGUCUGUUCUGAUAGCUCCUGCCUUCUGUGUGGAUUUGAAUUGGAAACUAAAGAGCACCUGUUUUUCAAAUGCAAUUACAGUAGGCACUGUCUGGACCUGAUCUGCAAAUGGUUAAAUGUCAGAGAAAUCCAUUAUGAUAUUGAAGCUUCGUGGAAACAUUGGAAGAGGAAACUUAAACCUGUUCCUGUUCCUGUUUAG